ACUUAACUUCUUUAAUCUUUUAUACUUACGCACUAAUCUUACAUCAUGUUGUAUCUAACUAAGUUUUUUUUUUGUGCCAAUUUCAGAUGGAUGAUCAUGACGAGCCGGGACCUAUUGAUACAUCCGUGCUGACUGAGCAGCCACGACAUAGAUCUACUUUGAUCAGAGAGGAGGGAUAUUCUCCUGUUCAAUUUACGGAGCAUGGCCGUAAAUUGAACAGAUGGCAGUGCGAGCAUCCUGCGGUGUUGGACUUAUUGCGACGAGCAGGAUUUUAUUACGUUUCACGAUUGCGCCGCCUACAGCUCGAUCAGUCAUUAUUGGGAGCAUUAGUCGAGAGGUGGCGGCGGGAGACACAGAGUUUCCAUUUGCGACAUGGAGAGAUGAGUAUUACAUUGAUGGACGUCGCAGUUAUUAUGGGACUCCCCGUCGAUGGUGGGGCAGUGACUGGAGGGGGAUCCUAUCAGUGGGCAGAGCUCUGCGGGUUACUUCUCGGGGUAGUUCCGGAGGAUAUUAGGGGUGGUGAGAUCAAGAUAGAUUGGUUAUAUCAGCAGUUCCAUGAUAUCCCCUUAGACGCACCUCCCGCUAUUGUUAGAGCUACGGCGAGAGCAUAUAUACUAUUUUAG